UCAUUUUUUUCUCAGUAACCUGCAGUAACAGAAGUUGCUGCAGGACUCCCUGGCGGAGCAAUGAAGACAGUCUUGGUUUUCCUGCUCACUGUAGCACUGGGGUGUGCUUUAGAGAGAGGCCGAGACUAUGAAAAGGAGAAAGUCUGCAAGGAGCUUGCCCAUCUGGGAAAGGAUGACUUCAGAACUCUGUCACUAGUGCUCUAUAGUAGGAAGUUUUCCAGCGGCACCUUUGAGCAGGUCAGCCAGCUUGUACAGGAAGUUGUCGCCUUGACAGAAGAGUGCUGUGCCGAAGGAGCCGACCCCGACUGCUAUGACAACCGGACCUCAGCCUUGUCCGCCAGGUCCUGUGAUAGCGACUCUCCUUUCCCCGUGCACGAAGGCAUUCCCGAGUGCUGUGCCACGGAGGGCCUGGAGCGGAAGCUCUGCAUGGCCGCCCUGAGCCACCAGCCGAAGGAGUUCCCCACCUACGUGGAGCCAACGAAUGACGAAAUCUGUGAGGCAUUCAGUAAAGAUCCGAGGACAUUCGCUGACCAAUUUUUGUAUGAAUACUCCAGUAAUUAUGGACAGGUUCCACUACUACUUUUAGUUGGUUACGCAAAGAGUUAUCUCUCUAUGGUCGGGUCCUGCUGCACCUCCCCAAGUCCAACCCUGUGCUUUGUGAAAGAAAGACUCCAGAUUAGACACUUAUCACUCCUGACCAGUAUGUCCAAUCGGUUCUGCUCACAAUAUGCUGUCUAUGGAAAGGAGAAAUCAAGGAUCAGCUAUCUCAUAAAAUUAGCCCAAAAAGUGCCUACUGCUGAUUUGGAGGAUGUUUUGCCACUAGCUGGAGACAUCACCACAAUGCUCUCUAAAUGCUGUGAGUCCACCUCUGAGGACUGCAUGGCCAAAGAGCUGCCUGAAUUCACAGUAACAGUCUGUGACAAAUUAUCCAAGAAGAAUUCUAAGUUUGAAGAAUGUUGUCAAGAAGAAACGCCCUUGGGCAUUUUUACGUGCAUAUACUUCAUGCCAGCUGCCCCAUCACCAGAGCUGCCAGCCAUCGAGUUGCCCACGAAUACAGAAGUGUGUGGGCAAAAAAACACCAAGGCCUUGGAUCAGUAUACAUUUGAACUAAGCAGAAGAACCCCUAUUCCAGAAGUAUUCCUCAGCAAAAUACUGGAGCCAACCCUGAAAGGCCUUAAUGAAUGCUGUGACUCUGAAGACUCUUCCGCCUGCUUUACUGACAAGGGUUCUCAACUGAAGAAGAAAUUAUUUUCUUUCAUUAAGAAAGGACAAGAAUUAUGUGCAGAUUAUUCAGAAAACACAUUUACUGAAUACAAGAAAAAAUUGGCAGCGCGACUAAGAACAAAACUCCCCGAUGCCACGCCCACGGAACUGGCUGGCCUGGUGGACGAACGCUCGGACUUUGCCUCCAAGUGCUGCUCCAUAAAUUCGCCACCUCGCUACUGUGAUGCACAGAUUGAUGCCGAAAUGAAGGAUAGUCUGCAGUCAUAAAGCACAUGGGUCAUCGUAGACCUAGCCCUGGAACAACCAUGGAAUGAGCUCUGAUGGCCAAUCCAAAGCAUCCAUGGAGACCCUAGAAUACUCUCUACCUUUUCCUGCUACACUGUCUUCAUAGAAUGGUCACCAUGAUGAUUUGCUACGGAAAUAAAUUGAAAUAUAAUAAAAACAAUAAAUACAUCUAAGAAUGAC